AUGUCAGGUACGGCUCACAACGGUUUUUAUUACUCGCGCAAGUACUACGACGACGUAUACGAGUACCGACACGUUAUCAUGCCAGAAGAGAUGGUGAAAAAAUAUAACUUUGACCACUUGUUGUCGGAGCAGGAGUGGCGAGGCCUAGGCAUUCAGAUGUCGCAAGGCUGGGUGCACUAUGAUUACCAUAAGCCAGAACCAAAUAUUCUGAUGUUCAGGCGCCCUCAUGACGGAAACAUUCCGGAGGAUGCCCAAUGA